AAAAUAAUCAAAAACCUACCAACUAUACGGAAUUCUUUACAGUUAACAUUGUAGAGGAUUUACGUUGUGAUUACAACUUGUCAUAUCGUUCGACAUCCUCCGUCAACGUUAAUUGUUCUUUAAAUAAUCUUUCAUUUGCAACUUUAAUGGAUGAAGAUUUAUCUUUUUCGCCACCUCCACCUGUAUAUUCUUCUUCAUCGCAUAAUUGCAUGCCUGAUUCGUCACGAGGAUCAAAUCCUUCAUUUUUCUUAAAUCUUCCUCCUCCAACUUAUCAAGAAGCUUUGAAAGAUUUAGAUGGCACUAGUGUAUCAUUUGUUGAAAGAAAGCAGGGUAAUGAUGGUGUUGAUACUGGUAUGGGAAGAAGAUCAACAGAUUUAGAUUGA